GCCGCAGCGCGCUCGGGCGGAAGUGAGGUCGGCGGCUCCGGUGGCUGCGCAGCGUCGGCGGGGAGCGCGGGCUGCGGAGAGGCGGGCCGGGCCAAGCGGAGCCGAACAAGUGGGAGCGCGGCGCCCGGGUGGCAGCAGAGACGCGGGGCUCGGAGGGUCGGCCCCGUAUCGUAGCACGUCUCCUCGGCGCGCUCCCCUCGUUUAGCCCCACGGCCAAGCUCGCCGCGGGCCGGCGUGCGCUGGUCACUGAGGCCCAGGCCGCCGCCGCGGCGCGUUUUUGAAAUCAUGAAUCCUGUUUAUAGUCCUGGAUCUUCUGGGGUUCCCUAUGCAAAUGCCAAAGGAAUUGGUUAUCCAGCUGGCUUUCCCAUGGGCUAUGCAGCAGCAGCUCCUGCCUAUUCUCCUAACAUGUAUCCUGGAGCGAAUCCUACCUUCCAAGCAGGUUACAGUCCUGGCACACCUUACAAAGUGUCCUGUUCCCCCACCAGCGGGGCUGUGCCGCCGUACUCCUCCUCCCCGAACCCCUACCAGACUGCCGUGUACCCCGUGCGAAGUGCCUACCCCCAGCAGAGCCCGUACGCACAGCAAGGCACGUACUACACACAGCCGCUGUAUGCAGCACCUCCUCACGUCAUCCACCACACCACAGUGGUGCAGCCCAACGGCAUGCCGGCAACAGUGUACCCUGCUCCCAUCCCUGCUCCUAGAGGCAACGGGGUCACCAUGGGCAUGGUGGCUGGGACCACCAUGGCCAUGUCGGCAGGUACCUUGCUGACUGCUCACUCCCCAACUCCUGUCGCCCCUCACCCGGUUACUGUGCCCACGUACCGGGCCCCAGGAACACCCACUUACAGCUAUGUGCCCCCUCAGUGGUGAUCACCUGCAAGUGUUUGAGGACGGAGCUGUGCAGUCACAUCAUUGGGGAUUCCACAGCUGGUGCUGCAGGCCUUGUGCCUCCAACCAGGACUUUCUUCUAAAUGCUCUCGACACUUAGCUAAACACGACUAUAUCCCGGCCCAGCAGGUCCCAGCGCCGUUAGUUUCCAGCUGACUCUGUGGGUUGGUCUUAAAGCAAAUUCUGUUUUGUGGACUGCCUGGCAAUUUUUUAGCUAACUGUAAUGAUAAAAAGGGAGUAUUAACCUAUUCUGAAUCAUAUCUAGUUGAAUGCAUGUUUUAAAAAAAACAAACACAAAAAGCUUGCUCAAUCUACCUGCAGUGACUGAUGCAAAACCAUCAUAUGCAAAAUCCAAAGGAAUGGAAACGUAUUUCACAACUUGUAUCACUAAUGCACUGUUGUAACGUAUGCAAAGUCCUAAAGUUGUAAGCGUUAAAGUGAAUGUCUUCAUAGAGCAUCUGAAGUAUCUUAGAUGAUUCUUCAACCUUUUGGGGUUGAUGUGGGUUGCCAGUUAGGGAUGUGGACUUUUUAGUUUUCAGCGACCUGUUUCUUUGGCACUGACUGUACCAGAAGGGAGUUGCAGGAUUUGGGAGAGAAUAGGGAAGCCACAGCUGCUUGGGUGCAGCCAGUUAAUGGGCAUCCCUUUGAUUUUAGGCUGGGUGGGGUCAGUGGAACAGGGACAUGCUUAAAGCUCAUCAUGAAAGGUGAUAGUUGUGUGGCCAGCACAAUUUGGGGUAAGGGGGUGGUUUAUGUGUCAGCCAAGCAGUUUUUCUGCUGUCUAAAUUUUCAUUACAAUUCUCUUACAGAGAGAGAUAAUGUUUUUAUAUAUCCUUAUUGGAAAAGUCCUAUGUAAAACUAAAUUAUUUUCCUGGGAUGGAAGAAAUGUGAGAGAGAAACAGCCGUGCUUGGAGGAGGUAUUGUCUUCUGCUUUAUUUAGUCUAGAAAAUCAUUCCAUUUUUUUCCCCCUGAGAAAUGUUUGAAUCAGCUGAAAACAGGUAGGCAUUGCUAUUUUUCCCCUACAAAGAAGGGCAAAGGUUUCACCUGUAUGUUAUGAAGAAAGUGGUAUAUUUAAGAAUGAUUAAAAAGGGAACAAAACUUUAUUUAAAAUUCCUCCUAUUUCUUGUAGAAAGGCAGGGCUGUGGGUGUGUCUGGAAAUGUAGAAACCCGUAGCUGCUCCUGGGAUCACUCACCUAAUGGCGGUGACUUGUCCACUGAGGCCAGCUGGAGGGGAUGCUUGGAGGUGGGGCAGGGCGGAGGCCAGUACCUGUUGUCUGGGAGCCUGUCCUGCCAUCUCUUGCAGCUGAAGGCACUUGGCACAAAGCGAGCAUAGAGAGGGCCAAGCAGCGCUGGGGUGCAUUUGCUGGCAGGGUUUAUUGUGGGAGAGGAAUUUGAGUUUAGAAUCUGGAUCUUGUACGUAGAAAUCAAGAGGCUUGCCCUGCCACACCUGCAAAUAUGCCUGCCUGCCCUGUAUGGAUGGGAGUGCGUGUCUCUUUUCAGUGAGAGUCAGAGGUGGGGGUGGGAGGGGUGGCGUCAGGCCUGUGGGCAAGAACGUUGCAUCUUCUUCCCAGCACAGUGUUGUUUUGAGUGCUGUGGGCUCUGGUGGGAGGGGGCUCUGCUCCUUUCGCUGGCAGCUGGGUCAGGACACUGAUGCCCAGUGAGGAUGCCCACUAGCAUUCUGCCCCAGUUGAGGGGGGAGCAGCUGACCACUGAGCCUUUGGUAACCUUAUUUUUUUAUAGUAAGUACUCCUCAUAAUUUUCUUUUUCACAUCUUAUUUUAUAAGAAGUUUAGGAAUAUUUUUGCAUGGAUCAUUGUAAACAGCAGAUUCUUUAUUCCUGAUGUCUAUUAACAUAGAAUGUUUACUGAUAAGUACUUUAAAUUCCUUCAUGAGCACUUAACCCAUCCUAGUGUCUGUGUGUCGGGGCAGACAUUUCCUGCAGGCACACAGUUUGUGCCCCUUUCAGGUCUCUGUGGGUAAUUCCGUCUGUUUGAUGGAUGGUUGGCAGGAUCAGUAGGUUCUGAAGGUUCCAGGGGUUCGACUGACCAAGUGGCAGAGAAGUCUUUUUUCCCAAUUGAGUGCUAGUAGAUUAGGAUAAAGUCUCACAAUUUUAGUGUAUGCUUUUAAGAAGCCCCACACAACAACAAUGGAAAUACACACAUGUACAACUGCCUGUAAGGGCUGGAGUCUUGGGGUUCAGGAGGAAGUCAGAGGAAGUUACAGGCAUCUCUUCCAGCUUGCUUGGGACUUAGCACACACACGCACCUAAUUAAUUGGUGUUUUAAAGAGUAGGCUGCGCCGUCCCCCCCCCCCCCGCCCCAUGCCAUAUACAUCAGCUUCAUAAACACUUUUUUCCUCCCUAUAAUCUAACCUUUUAUGAAGUUGAGUUGAGAGACUUUAUGAAAUGGUUGCAUUGCCCGUCUGUGCAGAAAUCUUCCUGACUUUGAAACUAUCAGAAUAUCAGCUAUUAGAUAUGAAAGGUAGAUAGCAGCUAAGAAUCUGGUCUUAGGGAAUAGUCACAAAACUGUCAGGUUGUAAUUUUACCAACAAUUGCUUCUAGUAAAAUUAAAGUUAAUUAAGGAAUAGAACUUGGGUCAAAAUUCUGUUACAAAGCUGCAUAAUUUGUCCCUAAGCAUAUGAUGGAGCAUUCUGAGAAAUGUGCUUUUUUUGUGUUUGACAUUCCUAAUUUGGAAGUCCUUCAGCUGAAUGACUGUUCUUUUAGAAGAUGAGACAGGCAAGCGAAGGACCUAGUUCCUGUAAACAUGGACGUUGUGAUGGAUACUUCAAAGAUGUUUGUUCUACACUUUUUCCCCUGAGGCUUGGGAGGUGUGUUCCAUCAUCUAUGUUGCUGCUGCAGUUUCUCUGCUUUUGGAAGUCUUGUUUGGGUCUGUGCUGGGGGCUGAGUGUUUAGUGUGAGCCAGUGAUCCAUGAGCUUGCUGCUCUGUGAAGGCCCAAGUCAGGGCCAGUCAUGGUAAUGGGCAUGAAGGCACCUCCAGAACCUUUUAUGUCUGUCGUAGGCCUACCCAUCACUAUUCUGGGAAACUUGUUUCUUGAGUGCUAUGCAAAUGUGUUCACAGGAGAUGGGGCUGAUCCUGCUUGGGCUGGGCGCCUGGUCAGUGAGUGUCCUGCCCUUUCCCAGCUGAGCACACAGUUCCUUGCUCCUCCUGGUGGUGUCAUCUGGCUGUGAUGAGUGAAGUCUAGGAAAUAAUUUGCAUGUGUCUUGGGGACACGUCAGUAACGAGAGGAAGUACAUUAUUACAGUAACUUGCAAUGUACAAAUACCUGUCAGUGUUGUGCCUCGUAAGGUGUGUAGGGUAUCUGUGAGUGUGCCAGUGAGUGGUGGUGAGAGGUCAGCACAUACCAGCUAUGGAAGUAUUGGUGUCUGCUUUAAAAAGGAGACCCAGACUUGGCUUGUCCUUUUUACACAUUUGAGAACAGUAUUACUCUCAACAGUUGGGCCACCGUCACCUCAUCCACAGCUCACCAGUUUGGCCAUUGCCCAGACAGGACAAGACCUGCAGUGGGUACAGCUGCAGGUGGCCGGGGUGUGGCUUGAGGUGGGCAGCAGCGUCUGGUCCUUCUCUCUGGUGCUUUCUGCGGGUCUCUAAAGCAGAGUGUGGUUGGCUUAGGGGAGGGCAGAGUGCGUAUUUCUCCCCUCCAGCACCUCUGCAUGUGUGGGUCUUACCUCUGCCUGGGCUUUCUGAAGGGCAGUGGCCCGUUGAGUAUCCUGCAGAGAACAUGCUCUUACUGGUAGGUCCUGGGGGCUCCAGGGGCUCAGCUGACUGAGUAACAGAAGUGGGGUGUGUGUGGCCUUUUUGGGUAGGAAACUGCAUGUUUCAGAAAGUUUGUCUCUUUUUUUCCUGCUUCCCAUUAUUUGAAGAAUAGAGAGCCUGUGGGGAUAGCCUUGUUUUGGUCCACAGGACUAAAGGGAAGUCAUUUGGGAAGGGGAAACAGGAGGUGCGGCAUCCGUAGGGAACCUGGGCCUGCAGGAUGGUGUGUGAGGACUGGCAUGACAGGUGCCCCCUCACCACAGACUGUGCCGUGGGGCCCUGUGCAGACAGUGGGCUAGACUAGCUGGGACAGAUGUCGGGCCAGCUGCCUGUGCCCUUGGCAGGGUUGCUGUGCCGGCCACACGGGAGGCCCCAGAGAGCCUCAUGGAUUGUGACUAAAGAAGAAACGGUUCCUUUUUGUUUUUUAAAAUGAUUUUUAAAUACAGUUUUUUACACCGUUCUCUUGGUACUUUUUUUAAGCUAAGUCAGCAUUGUCUUCCAGUGUUAAAGGCGUCCCUCACCUCUGCAUUGAACUUACGUAUCCACACCAAGGAACGGAACUUCCAUCCUGAGCCAGUUCAAUUAGGUGUCAGUUCAUAUGGUUUUAAUUUUUUACGCAAUCUGAUGAGUAGAUGAGCUCAGAUUUAAAAAUCUCAAAAGCACGUUUAUUGUAACAAGAAUUGUUAUGUAUUAAUACUGCAGUUUUCAAUAAAGAUUGACUUGUGUUGCA